ACAGCGACUGGCCAAAAGCGGACACAGCCCGAAAGUUAGCGACAUUUUCACAUCACUUCAGUUUACUUCAGAGCUUCGGUUUCGUAAGAGUCCACACAGGUUUCGCAAUGAUGACGACAACGACGGUGAUGAGGCUUCCGCUGCAACUGCUGAUGAUGCUGCUGCUGCUCCUCCACUGCACUCGCGGCACACCUAUAGCGCCCACAACCCAAGACGGAGCCACGCCCAUCGAUGCCAGAGUGUCGGCGGAAGAGUUUGGGGCCCUCGACGCAUUUGCCGAGGCGGAGUCCACACAUUCAGCGGUCAGUGAGGCGACGACCGGUUUCAAAAUCCCGCUACUGUCCAAGCCGGCCCAGACAGCGGAGUCGGUGAACCUCGAGCAGGAGGCCAUACAAUCCAAGGUGCUCAGCGCCUACGAGAACACCCACAAGAGGGUGGCUGAGCUGUCCCAGCCCGUUCCCAUCUUGGAUACCAUCAGCGAGCACGAGAAGUACGGCAACAGUGGUGACAUGUUCGAUGGCAUCUCACGGACCAUUGUCAAUGGUUACGAGGCCUUUUCCAAUCUGCUCAACACCUUGAUACAGAAACCCAAAGAGCUGGCUCGCAGCGUCUCCAAGGGCAUCACCGAUCAGCUAGACAUCAUCGGAGGCAAACUGGUGGGGCUCUGAAGAGAAAGGGAGUUACAUAACUCGUCAUAGCAAUGACCCUUGCAGAGGGGAGGGUGUUACAGAUGUUUCCCAGAUGUCGGACUUUCAUAAAUUGCACGUAUUUCUAAUCGGAACACACAACCGAUUCGAUAUUGUCCGUCAGUCCGUCCAGAUGCAGCUUUUCGGAACUGCCGUAUAUCGGAUGGCCAUAUCAUACAUGAAUUAUCGGUCUAAUAUAAAUCUACAUAAUGAGAAGGGUAAAGUUUUCAUCACAAGAUAUAUCUGCAAGGGUCUCUAGCCUUUCUUUCUUGUUAA